AUGGCGACCUCUCGGUCAAUGUCGCCCGGAGGGGCACUCCUCCGGUCGUCGAGGAUGUUUUCCCUCCCGCCUCCUGUCCCGGCACAAGUCAACAACAUUGUUAACUCGAGUGUGAACCGCUCCGACACGGCGACCUUGCCGUACCCGACCCUGCAGUCCAUCACCACGCCCUCGGCAGCACGCAGACAGGGCGAUUGGGGCUUCAAGCGUCCGUUUCCUCUCAAGUCGACCACCAAAUCUUCUACGCCGCUCAUCCGCGUCAAGCAAGUCGACACCAUUGAGCAUGUGACCGACUUCGCGUCGGCCGCCGACCACACGCUGUCACUUGAAAAGUUCCAAGAGAUGAACAUCCCAGUUGUCAUGCCACCGUUCUAUGACCCGUCAAACCCAUCAAACCAGGUUCCAGAGAGCAUGCCAAGGAAGUCGGUCUUUGAGGAAUCCCACGAUGUCACCGACAUCGCCCCCGAAAAGAAGCACACCAUGAGCGCCUACCGCUGGCAGUUCGACGGCCCAUGGCUAGCGGGCAUGUCGGAGGGAGAGUUCAACAAGUACCUCCAAGUCAAGGUCAAGCCUAGGCGGGCCGAGUUUCGCCAGUGGCUGAAGGGUGUCGUGGCUGAGGAGAUGAACCAGCAAGCCAUCACGGACUCGAUUGAGAAUGGUGAUGGAGGGCAACACGUCAAGCUGACAGCGGGAGACAUCACCGAUGAACAGCUCACAGACAGGAUACGUGAGCUGCGCUACGAUCGCGUCGAGUUACACAAACUCGUUGGCCGUUUCUUGGAUCUCGCGCCAAUUGCGCCCAAGAUAUCAAAGAUCCCCUUCCUAAAUGGCAACAAGUACAACAUCAGCAAGCCUCCGCCCAUGAAUCCCUAUGCAGAGGCCGGCCCGCCCGUCACGCACCCUUCCGCUGGUAUCUCGUACCUGCGCACCGGGUCCUUCGUGGAGAACCACCCGCUGUACGGCCCGCAGCAGUCGCACAGGCACGUGGCUGGCAGGGUUCUGUUGAGCAAUUCCGGCUUCGGUCCCAUCAGCAACUCCAACGUCAACGUCAACAUCGGUCUGGGCGGCUUCGUCACCAAGCCCCCGAACGGCGACAGUUUCUGGAACAACAAGGCGGUUGGCAACAGGUUCGACCCGGCGCAACGCGGCGGCGAGAAGCAGUAUGUGGAGCCGCUCCUCGCUGUUGUUGAUUCCAGGGGCAACGUCAGGGUCACGGCCAAAGCCUCACAACCUGAAGGCGUGGUUGUCGCGAAAGAGCUCGACGGAGUUCGGGUGGCUGAAAAACACGCUGAGUCGGAGUCUACGUUUGAGCCGGCUGAGAGUCGGAAGACUGGGAAGGAAGUUUACAGUGAUUCGCGCUCAUACGGUUUCAAGGCAUGA